AGUACCUAUCUUACUUAUUCAAUAAUUAGGUGAAAAAGUUAGAAAAACUGUGUAAAAAGAGUGUGUAAAAACUGACUCUUCGAUUGGUCAAUACUUCGUACUAGCCAGUUUCUCAAGAAAAGUAGAAAGUUUCGGCUGAUAUCGCGCCAACGUUGGAAAGAAGACAUCAUUGGAAACUACGCACGAGUCAUGGUGGCCACGAGCAGACCUCGAGAAAUCGACAUCGACAAACCAAGUCAUACCGAACAAUUGGCUAAUUGGAUUAGUAGAGUUCGGUGUAAAAAAUUAAUGUGUCGUCGAAAUCGCAAACGUGAUUUGCGCGUCGAAGCAGUGCUGACAUGUGCUUUGUUCAAAGCUGAACACGAACUGCGCAGCAAACAACUGUCCAGAAUUUCCAAGUGGCAGCAAUUUAAAAAGCAAUUUUUAAAGGAUACAGAUUACCCGUGUUACGAAUUCUACAAUGACGAAGAACUAAGGAAUUCGAAGUUACGUCAAGAAAAAAAUGACCCGUGGCAAGGCCCGUUGUGUCCUGAAUUGAGCAGCUUGGAUCAUUUCAUGUCUAAAUUGGGAGAAAUCAAAGUGCCGUUGCAGCGGUGAAGGAAUAGAAAGGAUAGCGACCAGGUCUGAAAAACCUAGGAGCGCGUUGUGAAUCCAGCUUGAAAAAGAGAGGACAACGGUUGGCAGUAUUUAGUCAACGAAGCAUUGACCUAAGCAGAGCGGCUAAACGGAAUCCCGAAUGAUAAUGCAGCAGUACCGGCCGUGUAUCGUAGUACACAGUAUAUCGGUGCUGCGGGACUAGAUGUCGCAUCACUAUCCUGGUGUAUAUUUGGAUAUUUUUUAC